CGGCGCGGCACCCGCGGCCUGGAGCCCAGCCGCCGCGCGAGGCGGAGGAGGGCGGCGGCGGCGAGGAAGGCGAGGCGGAGGCGGCGGCGGGGGGCAGCUCGGGCUCCAGCUCCAGCGGGCGGCGCUGCGGCCUCGGCCUGCGAGCGUGGCGGGGCGCGGCGGCGGCGCGGCGCGGCCAGGGCUCAGCAGCAGCCGCCGCCCACGACGGGGCCCGGAGCGCCCACCUGCAGCCACGCCACGCCGCAGCCGCCGCCCGCUCCUCCCCGCCGCGCCCGCCGCCGCCGCCCGCGGCCCGUCACCGUGGACAGUUCCAAGGCGCGCACCUCCCUCGAGGCGCUCCGCAUCAGCCUGCGCAGCCUCCGCUGGAAAGAGUUCCCGUUUGGUCGGCGCUUGCCCUGCGAUAUCUACUGGCACGCGGUGUCGUUUCACGAGAACACCAUCUACUCGGGGCUAGUCAACAAGUUUCCAGGCAUGACCGAGAUGGUGCGGAAGAUCACCCUGAGCCGAGCCGUGAGGACCAUGCAGGAGCUCUUCCCCGAGGAGUACAACUUCUACCCCCGCUCCUGGGUCCUCCCGGACGAGUUUGCCAUCUUCCUUGCAGAGGUCCACCUGAUGAAAGAAAGAAACCCCUCGUGGAAGCCCACCUUCAUUGUGAAGCCUGAUGGCGGGUGCCAGGGGGACGGGAUCUACCUCAUUAAAGAGCCCACCGACGUCCGGAUGACGGGCAGCCUCCACAGCAGGCCGGCGGUGGUUCAAGAGUACAUCUCGAAGCCCCUCCUGGUCGACAAGCUCAAGUUCGACAUCCGCCUCUACGUCCUGCUGAAGUCCCUGGAGCCGCUGGAGAUCUACGUGGCCAAGGAUGGACUCUCGCGCUUCUGCACGGAGCCCUACCAGGAACCCACCCUCAAGAACCUCCACCAGGUGUUCAUGCACCUGACCAACUACUCCCUCAACAUCCACAGCGGGAACUUCGUCCACUCGGACAGCUGCAGCACCGGCAGCAAGCGGACGUUCUCCAGCAUUCUCAGCCGGCUCUCGGCCAGCGGCGUCGACAUCCGGAAGGUCUGGUCCGACAUCAUCUCCCUGGUCAUCAAGACCGUGAUCGCCAUGGUCCCCGAACUGAAGGUUUACUACCAGUCCGAUAUCCCGGCCAGGAAACCAGGGCCGGCUUGUUUCCAGAUCUUGGGGUUUGACAUUCUCCUGAUGAAAAACCUGAAGCCAAUCUUGCUGGAAGUCAACGCCAACCCCAGCAUGAAGAUCGAGCACGAGAAAGAGGUUUCUCCGGGGGUUUUCGAAUACCUCCCAAGCGCAGUAGAUGAAGACGUCAAGGUGCCUGUCAUCCGAGACACUCUUCGGCUGGUGGAUCCCCACAAGAAGAAGAGGAAGGAGGAGUCCUCACCAUCUCGGCCCACGGAGGAGGAGGAGGAGGCGGCCGCCUCGGAGGACCAGGAGGACCUGCCCAGCGAAGGCUUGAUGGAGAAGCUGGAACUGGAGCCCAGCAGGAGCCCAGAACCCAGCAUGCCGGCCCUCUGCCUGAAGCAGGUCUUCCCCAAGUACGCCAAGCAGUUCGGCUACCUGCGGCUGGUGGACCGGAUCGCCGCCCUCUUCCUCCGCUUCCUGGGCGUGAAAGGGACCACCAAGCUGGGGCCGACGGGGUUCCGGACGUUUGUAAGAAACUGCAAGAUAAGCAACAGCGGGUUCAGCAUGGCGGCGGCAGACAUCCUGUAUAUCGACAUCACCCGAAGGAGCAGCGGCCUCGGGGUGGACCAGAGGGACGCAGGAAUGGGCCUGCAUGCGUUUGUGGAAGCCAUCUGCUUUUUGGCUCAGAGGAGGUACAAGUCUCUCUCUCUGCACGAGCAGGUGGAACUGCUGGUCGACUUCUGCGAAUACAACCUGGCCGCCCUGGAUGAGAAGCGCCUGGUGGCCGGCCGUGUGGCCCCCGAACGGCGGGCGGCCCUGGUGACCUGCCACCAGGACAGGCUGCACCUCAGCCCGGCCGCCCACGCGGCCCCCCGGCCCACCAGCCCGGCCGCCCAUAAAUUUGUCGAUUAUAGAAGCCCUCGGCUCUGAAGGGGCUGGAUUCCGUUGGGGAGAAGCCGAGGUCUGGCGGGCCUGAAGCCGCCGGUGAAGCGGGCGCCGCUGGAGCACAUCCGCUGCAGAGUCGUGGCUUAAUUCCUCAUGGCUUGGCUGAUGGGUGCUCCUCCCAUCAAGGCCCCCAUGACGCCGUCCCCCUCUUUCAAGCAACAGCCAUCGGCACGAGGGCCGGCUUUUUGCAACAACACCCCCUGCCCCGUUCCUGGCCGGGCGAUGCAGCCAGAAAAGCGGACACCCUCCUGGGUUCUGAACGGAUCCAAGAAGAGUCGCCCAGCACGAGAUCAUGGCAGCCGGCGCGACGGAGAACUGCUGUGCUGCAGAGCCUCGUGUCUGGGCCGUGCUUGGCCAAAGGCCACCUGGUGGGCGGAGAGGAAGGAGGAGGAGGAGGAGGGCAGUGGUGGUGGGUGGGGUGAAAUUCCGGAAGUGUGCAAAGGGAUGGGAGAGGAUGUUGGUUUUGGUGAACUAAAAUCCUAUUUAUGUACUCCAGCCAAUUCUGUGAGGGCAUUUUCCUUCCUGAUGGGCCCAGGGGGGUCAAACUCCUGCUUGGUGCACCUGCUUUGCAUGCGGAAGACCCCAAGUCAAGACCCCUGGUGGUCCUGGAGAGCCGCUGCCAGCCGGAGUCUGUAGGCGGGACUGAGCUCGAUGGACCCAUGGUCUGACUCCAGAGAAGGCAGCUCCCUGUGGUCAGGGAGGGGCCAUCGCUCAGGGGCAGAAGGCCUGCUUGGCUGGAAGUCUGAAGCUCACCUCCAGUUGCAAGGAUUUCUCAAGGGACAGUGUUGAGGGGGAAGACCACCCCUCUCCCUGCCUGAGCCCUUGGGAAGCCGCUGCCAGUCAGAGCAGGCAGAACUGGCUUAGCUGAGCCUUCGGUCUGAUUCAGUUCCUCGUGUGGGUUGUGCACACUCACCGGGCUUGGCUGCUCCAGGGCUCUGGGCAGAGGCCCUGGACCCCUUGCAUGCCGCCAGGCUGAAAUCCUGCCUCCGUCAAGGGGGCCAGAGGAGAAGACUAGCUUCUCCUCCAGGGAAGCACAUCCCUCCGUCUCUGAGUACUGAGGCCGGAAGCACGGGUGGAGUCCAUUCCUGCAGCCCCUUAAAGAGCACACCAGGCCAGCGUGGAACCUCAUCUUGGGCCCAGGAUUCCGCCUUCCAGGGACAGAAACUUGCCUUUUGAACGAGGCAAAGCAGCAGACCUCUCGUCCUUCGGGCUGCUGGGCUGGGCAUGCGCGAUCUCCGAUGAGAUCUCGGAAGCGAGUGGAGGGCGGCAGGGAAUUGGAGCGUGGUCCCGAGAGGGCCUGAGGCUGCCGCGUUGCUGAUUAGCAGGGGCAGAGAGGCCGCCAUGCCCAGGAAGCAGACCGAUCGAAGCCAACCUGCCUCACUCUGCGUAGCUGGCAGGGUUCCCUUUGGGCUGCCCUUGGCACUGGAUGUCGGCGGGGUCCUUUGGGCGUAUAAUAAUACUAAUACCAAUACCCAGAGCUUUGUGCUUGAAUCGGGCGCCUCUUUAAAAAAGAGCACCUUGCUUCCAGAGCGGUUCAGGAGGAAGGAAAGGGAAUCAUUGUAUAGGGUGUAUCCUCCCCAGAUUGCCAGGCUGGGCUGCUUUGGCCUCUCCCCAAAUCCCCCAGUGCCCAGGGCCUGCCCUGUCGUGCACCCGCUUCCUGUGUGGGGCUCUGGGCACUGCAUCUCUUCCGGGCCCACUCAGCGCGGCUCCUUCACCCCUGUGAGAAAGGUCUGAGUAGCCACUGCACGCCUGCGUGGUUGGCGUCUAGCAUCUUGGGCCGGGAGGCAGCAUAGCAAUCCGUCUCCUCUCUCUCUCUAACCUACCUGCCACUGUUGCAGCCAAGGAAGAACGCUGGGUUCUCAGCGAAUUCUACCCCCUGGAAGGCUUGUCUCUCUCCCCCCACCGCCCACAGCUCUCCAACAGCAGGACCACCCCCCUCCAGACCCAAGGGGGUCUUGAGCCUUCCCUUCCUCCGCUUCUCCCCAGCUGGGAGAAAUGUGGUUGGAAGAGAGUUCCGAAGAAGGGUGCUCCAUUUCUGGCAGCGUGGUAUUUUGCUGUGCUUUAUGGUUUAGCCGUUGAGCUCGGGAGGUGGGGUUGCAUUUUUGUGACCAUCUGCAGGCGGGAUAUCUUACAGAUAAACAAACACGGUCACCACCGCUGCAUCCCAAAGCAGGGGCUGAAGCCAAUGACGGAGAAGGAGUUUGCCGAAGACCACUGUGUGGCCUGAUUGAAAUGCCUACAGAAACUGGGUGGCAUCUUUGCUUCCCUCUUGCUUGGAAGCCCAAAUCUGCCUGUUUUGGAAACACUGGAAAAUUGCUCUCCAUACCCACCUGUCCCUGGGGACUUCAUAACGGCUCCGUUUCCGCACCCUGUUUCACAGCAAGCUUUUUUCUUCUACCCAGCAACAAAAUAAAACAAAUGUUGCCUUUCCUCUGAAGCAGACACAUCCCUGCCUUCACACAAGACAGCUGAAAUCGGUCGAAGAGUGUGGCUGUUCGUGUCUGCUUGCCUGCCUUUGUAGAGGAUCGCCAGCUUUUUAUCUGGCCCUGCUCCUGGGCUCCUCAAAAGAUGUGCAGAAAUUCAGCAAAACGUUCCCCCUCGUUUUAUCUCCACGCCAAGGAAAACGUUGCUUGCUAAAGUUCUCUGUGUAAGUCUGCUGUUUGAAACCAGUUAAGAGAGAGAGAGCGAGAGGGGCUGUUCCUUUAAUGUGGCAACAUUACCAGGCAAAAACAUGGCACUUUUUUUUCUCCUGGACGUUUCCCACAUUGGCCGCUGCAACGUUGCCAAGACGUGUCUGUUGAGUGCCCGUCCAGAUUGCCCUCAGUGUUGCCACGUCAUGACAUGGGUGCCGUCCACGUUCCCCAUGCUUGGAUUCAAAUCAUAAUGAUGCGGUUCCGCCUCACAAUGGCGUUAAUGCAUCACAUGAAACUAGCUGUAUUUUUCCGUAGUAAGGAGGCUUGAUACGGACUUCUAGCAUUGCAGUAUUUGGCAGCAUGGACUGCUUUUUUCCCUACAUACGGACAGCUCUGCUGGAUCAGGCCCAAGCCUAUCUAGUCCAGCAUCCUGUUUCCCACAAUGUGCCACCACCAGAUGCCCAAAGGCAAGAGGUAUGUGCAUGCCCAAUCUGCUGCUGCUGCUCCCCUGCAACUGGUAAUGAGAGGCAUCGUACCUCUGAGGCUGGAGGUGGCCCACAGCCAGCAGACUAGUAGCCAUGGAUAGCCCUGUCCUCCAUGAAUCUGUCCAAGCCCCUUCUAAAGCCAUCCAAGCUGGUGGCCAUCACCACAUCUCGUGGCAAGGAAUUCCCUAGAUUAAUCAUGCGCGGUGUGAAAAAGUACUUCCUCUUGUCGGUCCUCGAUUUCCCCCGACCUUCUGUUUCAUGGGGUGACCCCUGGUUCUAGUGUUCACUCCAACGGGGUUUGCGCAGGAGAACCCUCCCACCUGGGUUAUUUACUUAUUUACGGGUUUAUAUCCCACUUUCCCACUUGGGCCCCGAAGGCCUCUCACGAGCAGCCCCAACCAAAAUGGCUUUCUGGGACGUUUUUAGGCACAACAAACCACCCAAGAGCCAUCCAAGAGGGAGUCGAUCUGGCAGAAAAUCAUCUGAGCUGCUGAAAUGGGAGUUUAGGGUUUGGACACAACCCUAAGCUUAACUCCCCGAGGUAUUUCCCCACAUUUGGCAAGACCCAAAAUGCAGAUCAGACCCAACGAGUCACAGACAGAUCCGACGUGCAUGUCCAUCUUUGCAAAAUAUCCUCAGAUGCUUGCAUCGCCAGAGCCGGAGGCUGUGCUGAGCUUUGGAAACGGCUGGAGAAAGGCAAGCAAACAGCCCACCUGAAUCACACACUGGCUUUUCUUUUCCUCCUUUUGGUUCCUUCCCAAGCAGGUACAGUUAUUAAUUUUUCAAAAGCCUGCAGGACUGUAUAUUCAUCAGGCGGGCCUGGGCUGCUCCUUCGCCAGGCGAAUUGAUUUCUAGAUCACCAUGGAAAUGCAGCAGCCGGGCUCCGUCGUCGUUUUUAAUCUUCCUUCCUGGCUGAGUUCCAAAGCCUUUCGCCGGCCUGGCCGAGGCCCUGGGACCCUGGAACCAUUUUGCAGAGAAGAGAAUUCCGCAGGGCCCGUUUGGCAGCGUGUGGGAGUUGCCCAGGACCCUUCGGAUCCCUCCCCAGGAUCUCGAGCUCUUAAAUCUGGGUGUGUGGAGGAUGAGCCUUCUCUGCAGUGCACCAUGUGUGAACACGAAGGCCCUACGCAGUGCAUUCAUGUUUGGACCAUCAGUCUCGGCUCGUUGGACCACUAUGAUUAUUUUUUAAUUUCCACAUUUAUGUCCCUCUUUUCCUCCAAGGAGCCUAGCGCGGUGUAUUUGGCUUAUCCUCACAACAACCCUGUGAGGUAGGUUAGGCUGAGGGGGAAGUGGAUGGCCCAGAGCCAACCAGUGAACUUCAUGGCUGAACAGGGAUUUGAACCCGGCUUUCCCUGAUCCUACUUGUAGCCCAAAGCCCUGUCGCCCCCGCCCCCGGCUUUUGAAUCUGCAGACUCUUGCAGGAUUGAACCUUGUGGGUUUUGCAGAAUCCCUUGCUUCUCUCACGUCCCACGGAAGAGCGGCGUGCAGCCAUCUUAGCCUCGCCAGUGAUUAAGAAGGAAAGGUCUGCUUCCUCGUGCCUGUUCUCUGAUCCUCCAAGCCGGAGGGACCUGUUGCUCCAGCAUCACUGCAAUUUUUUUUAUAGCACUCUCUUCCUUGGUGGCAGAAUUAAGACAGCAGCACAGACAGCAGCACAGUCAAUAAAUUGGUCUGUAGACCAUUAGCUGAUUUCUGGACCGAAAUGCGGAGCGGAAGCGGCUUGUCACGUUGCUUUUCCAAAGGUGCACCACAGGGCUGGAGGAUGCCUUUGUAUCCCAUAAUAAUAAGAUAGAAGCUGACAGGUUUGGGGUUGCUGCUGUUUCCACCCCACCCAUUCCGGUAACCCACCUGUGCUUUUUUUUUUUAACAGCCUUACUUGCUGAUCUCUGUGACCCCCAAAGCCUGACCUGUUGGCUUGCUGUGUGUCAGGCGGCUAUUCAGGGCAUGAUGUGAAGAAUGGAGGUCUCCCGACCCGUUGCUUAGAAAGGGAGCCCACAUUCCGGAUGGGGAAUGGUGCAAAACGGAGCUGCCGCGUGACGCGUGCCAAGAAAUUAGCAGACGUUUGUGCAAAGUAGGCUGUAGAAUAUGAAUCGGCAAUUACCGUAAUUAGAUCAGGUAUCUAAUUGGUACCUCUGAGCAGGAGAGGGAGAAAAGGGAGCCCGUUUUCAGUCUCUGAGGCAGGGACAAGCAGCCACCUCGGAUGCAAUGCCGGAAAGCGUCCCCCGUGCCUCCGAGAGGGCCUUGGAGCUGGGCCCGCUUCUCCUGUCCCCGUGAGGAGUGGUGGGAGAAGCUGCAUCUGCGGAUGGUUUCACUUCUGUGCAGCUUCUUGUUAAAGGGCGAGGAGCUCCCACCCCAUGAACAAGAGGGCCCAGAAAGCACUCCGAGUUCUGCACAGUGUGUGUACACAGUGAGUUCGUUCUGCACCCCUUGCUCUUCCCCAGCGCUGCCUUCUGAAGUCCAGGAGGAUCGGAGGGGUCCUCUGGCUACUAGCCACGAUGGUAGAGGCAGAGCCUCCAUGGUCAGAGGCAGAAUACCGGAUGCUGCCGUUUCGGGCUCUGGCAAAGAGUUAUGGUCUGUGCUCAGCUUCUGCACUCUUGGCCACGGUCCUGCAUCAGCUCUGUGAAGUGGGAGGGUUUUGCCUGCCUGAGCCCCCAAGGGGCUAGAUGUGGGGAGCCUUCAUGCCUCCCGGUCCCCAGGGGAAGGUGCUGGAGGCACCCAGCUGGCUUCUGAAGGCAGGGGAGGAACUACAGCCCCACCCCCGCCAGCAGCGUCUGCAGGAACUCCCAGGCUCCAGCCAGCCAGGGCGGCCCGUUAGCUGGACGAGCCGCAGCUGGGCCACUGCCUGGCUAGCCUCAUAAUGGGGCCACUCUGGGAAGAGCCCCUGCCUGCUUGCAUGCAGAAGGUUCCCAGUUUUUGCCCUGGCAGCAUCUCCAAGACAGGGCUGAGAGAGACUCCUGCCUGCAGCCUUGGAGAAGCCACUGCCAGUCUGUGCACCCAGGGCCUCAGUGGACCCAGGGCCUGACUUGGUAGAAGGCAGCUUCCUAGGUUUUUGUCCGCCCACCUGGGAGGGACCAGUGGCCUUUGUUAAAAGCACAGCACUUUUUUUUGGAAGAAAAGGGUGGCCCCCCAGUCGUUGGAGUCUUCCUGCUCACUGGAUUUGAGGUCAAGAAGGGAUUCUGCCUCCCUCGGGCUGGCAGGGACCCGUGGAGGGAAAGAGCGCCUCGGUGUCCCCAUGUAGCUUGGCUGGCUGGCUUGAGCCGUCUGGAAUUAUUUAUUGUUUUAUUUAUUGUUAAUUAUCUCCAUGUCUUUUCUGGGUGACGUCUGGCGACUGCUUGUGACACUGGUCCUGUGUGUGUUUUGGGGUGGUGGAUGGCCAGGCCGGUGGACUAGGGGGUCUUGAGGAGCAUUUCUGCUCCAGGACCCCACGAUGCUGUGGACUGUGGGUGACGAAGCCUCUUUGGCACAUGCGGAGCUCUGGCAGCUUCCCUGCGUAUGGGUGAGCUUGCUGUGUCUCCUUUUGUUCCCUGUGCGUAGACAGGCUGCAGUUCCUCAUUGGCGAGGGAUGGGCCGUCUGCACAUGCUCAGAGGCCCAUUGCUAAUCAAAGGUACGGAGUGCUUUUGUAUCUGUUUCUUUAAAGACCCCAGAGAGGGGCAGAAUGAUGUGGAAUAGGCACGGGUUUCCUUAACAGUGCGGGGGGGGAAAACAGGUCUUAUGGCAUCUUGUUUACAACCUAAUUGCUAAAGGCGAAUUCAGCUGCAUUGCAGGCCAGAUCCGCAGGCUUCCAGUAGGCCACACCUGCUCUAGAGUAAACCACAGACUGCCUGGCUCGUCUCUGUUCCUUUUUUAAAAGAACCUGUAUCGAGAACUUUAGGCUGUUGGAGCUGUGUGUGUAAAUCCAGAUCUUGUUCCUUCCUUUGGGGCGGGUGGGGUUUGCAGAAGGAAGGGAUGGUAGCCCACUUGAAGGGUUUCUCCAGACCUUAACCAGUGCUUGGACUCAGUGGGUGUGCAGCCAGAAUUGUGUGUGAGCACCGUAGUUCUGCAGGAGGCAGGCAGGAAUGGGCUCCCGGAACCUCUUUUGUUGUGAAAAGCAAAGUUCUAUCCCUCAUGACUGAGGAGGGCUGCUUAAAAGAGUGUAGGCAACCCCUGCUAUCAUCUCCAAAGCCAGAACGCACGAUGCAAAACCGUUCACGCACUUUCACAACAGCAGAAAUGGCUGGACAAAUGACUACUUAAUUUGCAUAGAUUAUGCCACUUGAAUGAGUCCUGGUGCAGAACUGUAACUUUUAAAAAACACGGAGUACAUCCAGUUCAGUGUGUAGCGUGAAUGUAAAAUAUGCACUGUCCAGAUUGUGCUUGGAUCCUCCCACUUUUGUCUUGGGGUGUCUGCAUGGGGCACAAGCCGCUUGAGGAGGAGUCUUGGGAGCUCUUCUGUGCAUUGUGUGUGAAAUAAGCGAGAGUUGAAGCCAAACUGGUUCCCCUCAAAUUCUCCACAAAGUCUGAAGCUGAAUAUUUCUAAAAAGCUUCCUUAAAUCUUUUUUGUGAACCUGUAUUUGACCCCUGACUCUUAUUUGACGACGUUACAGUUGGUAGUUGACAGAUAACAUGCAAUGGCAACUAACAUCUGCCAGCUUUUGAUAUAACAUGCAGUGGCACGCAGUAUUUGACAAAAUAUAGGAUAUCCUACUGGGCCUGCCAAAACCAAAAGAUGCCAACGAGCCUGGAGUGCUCAAACUUUGAGGUUAAAUUUCACAUUCAGGAUGUGAGUGAGGUGUCUCGCCUUUUGCCUCUUUGGAGGUUUAAAUCUGAGCAUUUGGGGGAGAGAUUCAGAACCUUUGCAAAUGUUUGCUUCAGCUCUGGCGAAACUGGGCAACGUCCUGCUAGGCGUUCAGCCUACGGACCAAGCAGCCUAUAGACGAAAACAGCAUUGCUUGGACUUUCCCACCAGCAAGUGAAUGUCUCUCUUAAAACACCACGGAAUGCAUUAAAACUUGCCUUCUUGCU